AACAACAUGUUCAAUGAUAGGUGGGAGGUAAGACUGGCAAAAAAAAGCCGAAAUCAGCGUGUCAAAAGCUCACAAGGCCCAUAGCCAUCGCAAGAUAUUGGGUAUUCGUCAUUUAGGACAUGACAUGACCUGAAGAACAAGGUCAUAUCUCCAAACCCAAAUGCCGCAGAAGCUUGAAAUUUUCAAUGGACGCUGAGAAAAGAUAGAAAAGCAGCUAUACAAAGAAAAUCAGGUUUCUAGCUUUAAAAAUGUUAAGUGUAGAGCAGAAAAACUAACUUGGGGGUGGCGACCCUCCCCCCAGGUGCCGGCGAAGGGCCUGCUAAGUAAUGGAUGUGCUGAGGCCUAAUCUGGUAUGGGUGGAUGGUGCCUGCUACAGGGUCUCUCACUCCCAGCAGGCCGCCCAUCAGGAUGAGGACCCUGAGGACUUUAUUCGUGGUGAUGAGGAUACAGAAACAGAAGAGGUGAUGUCCUCUGCUGUAAAAAUUGAGGAGUGGAAGGGCAAGUACAAGGCAGAGCUAGACAUACCCAGCGCCCUGUACGGAUUUCUGAUCGGCCGUAAGGGCAACUCUCUGCGGCUGGUGAGAGACAACACCGGCUGCAAGGUGACCGUUCCAAAAGGUGCCGGGCCGCGCACCAAGCCAGCCACCGUCGAGGUGAUUGGCGAGCAGCGGCGCGCGGUGGUGCGCGCCUGUAACAUGCUACUCAUGUCGGCCGACCGCGGACGGCAGACGCUGACACCCUCACACUUCAUCGCCGUCCGGCUGACCACACAGCACGUCCAGAACAGGAUGGAGACGUUCAAGAAGUCUGCGCUGGAGGUGGCCGCCGAGAGCCGCGGCGUGCGCCCCGAGCUGUUCCAGGACGGACGCCGCCUCCACCUGACCCUGGUCAUGGCCACGCUGCUCAGUGACUCGGAGAGGACUGCCUUCUGCCGCGCACUCAACAACCACGCCGACGAGCUGAGGGGUAUGCUGCCGCCGUCUGGACUCUCCCUGCGGGUGCGCCAGCUCGACAUUAUGAACGACGACGAGAGCGAGGCGCGCGUGGUGUUUGCGCGCGUGCACGAGGGUGACGGCAGUGGUGCCAUGCAGCGGCUGGCAGACCGCUGCAUGGAGCUCGCCUACGGAACCGGUCUAUCAAAGAAGGAGUAUGACCACGUCAAGCUGCACUGUACCGUCAUGAACGUGUCAUUCCUGGUGAAAAACAUGGACGAGUCGUCUCCCGAGUAUGCAAAGCUGCGAAAGUCCACCUUUGAUGCCACCGCGAUCAUGAAGGAGCUGAAGGAGUUUGACUUUGGUACGGUGAAGGUGGAGCAGCUGGAGGUGGUUCAGCGACACACACCGGCAGAGGACGGCUUCUACCUGCCCAUCGGAGCCGUCAGUCUCGGCCCGACGCCGGCCGCUGAGGCCUAGGCGGCCCCCACCCACACACACUGGUCUCAGAGGUGGGCACGGUGCCCUCAGGUUCCGACGGCGGCCUUAGGUUGUGGAUCCGAUCCGAUAUGAGCCAGGUUCACUGGGAGGCGAGCCGUGGAAUCGUGUGAUGCUGCCAGCUUCGAGUUAGUGAAUCGAUUGUUCAUAGCUCAGACUGGCGUUUUUAAUGUGUACUGCGGCGAUGUGCCGGGAAAUUCGUUGCGAUUGUUCAGAGUACUGAUUAAUGGUGCAUGUCGUGAACAUUGGGCAGGGGUAUACAGGGUGUCUCAAAAGUUCGUUCACAGGUACCAGCCAUGCUUUUUUGUCAAUAAUUCUGAAUCAACAAGAAAUUAACGGUCGAAAUUUUGCAUGGGCAUUGGUGACAACCUUCCUCAAGCAGUCCCAUUGUUUUCAAGUGCAUUCGACCCUUCAUGAGCUCACAAAAAGGGUUCACCUCUGACCAUGGGUCAGGCACGAAAAUGUAGGUUGCAAAGUCGGGUAUGUUGUGAAACUCUCGGUUUCAGGAGUAAUGGGAAUGGUUAAGUCGGAAAUGACACAUGGCUAAGUGUCGGCGAGGAUGAGUGCAACAUGAUGAUCAUCUCAUAAAAACGGUGGCUAAAAUUUUUGAAGGACGAAACCAUGCGAGACUAACGGCGUUUUGAACGACCCUCGCACGACAGCAGACUGGUGUUCCGGAAAGCAGCUGAAAAUGCGGUCAUAACUAUUGAAAACUGGCAAGAAGGUCACAGACAGAGGUUACCCAUUUUCAAAAAGUGCAGGUCAUCGUAAAAUAAAGACAAAUUAUAAUUUAAAAUUGUUUAUAAUAUCUAUAACGCUAAUUUUUGGGGACAAUAACACAAAAAUCGUCAAUGCCAAGGACACCUGACCCUCCAAAAGUGUCAGUUAUUGUAAAAUUUUAUCUAACGAAGUUUCAAGAGGCAGAUCUGCAGCGAAUAAUUUUCUUUUAAACACAAAAUCCCGAUAAAACCACACGAUGGACAGGUUUGGGCCGUUUACAAAGCAGAACAUCUCCCGAGGAAAACACUCCGCAACCGAGCGAAGGUCUUGGCAUGGGGAAUGACGAGCGCUUGGAAUUUGCAAAAUUUGCACAAUGUGUCUGAGAAACAGACGUCCGACACAUUCUGCUACCAUAUGAUGCGAAAAAUUUACUCCUGGUACUUCCCGUUUGUUCAGGACUGGGGUCGUUUUGAAAAGGAAAAUGGCGCUUGGGAUGUCGGCGCCAGUCAUUCAUGAAGGAGUUAGCGCCAGAGAAUGCCUACAAAAUACUCAAGAAUGGUGUCGAUGCAAGCUGUCGGCUUUCAGGGAAAAUCAGAUGUUGCCGGGGAGCUAGUCAAAACUAAAUCCGACGCAGAAACUGCAGGGGAUUCCCCUGCAAGAGCUUGAAAGCUGGUAACCUUUUAUCAGCCUCCGGCAGCUGACGGAGCAACAAAAAUCGGUAUGGGCAAAUAUUUUUGGGGAUACAGCAAAGAAGUUGGUUUCCAACCUUCUUAAUCAGUUGUCAAAGCAUGCAUAUUUGUCUAGUGUACACACAGACACCAAAACCUUAUACUUUUGGCCGGUUCUUAUAUGCUUUAUUGGCAUGGGAAAUGUGUGAACGAACUUUUGAGACACCCUGUAGACUUGCUUUCCCGCCUAUGUAUUGUGAUAUACGUAUUGAUCGUUAUUGAUGCUAAUUACAGCGGCUUUGAUAUUU